CCUACUGAUACUAUCCCCUACACCCGUGCAUGAAGGUCAAAAUAAGUAACGGGGUUCUGUCGUACGAUGCUGAUGCACGUCUCGGAAUAUUGUGAGCGUCACGGCAAGUCCAAAAUAGAUACCGAGCACAUGCCGAGAGUCUCUAAUAAUGACAAUGCUUGCUGAUAUCAGAAGUAUCGGGGAGUUGUUACUUGUUUCUUUCAUUGUGUACCAUAUUGAGUAUAGUACUGGACAUGGUUCUGGAAGAUGCUCAAACAAGGCAGCAAGUCCCAGAUGAAUUGUUCAAUCAGCGGACUUGCCAAGCACAUCUCCCGAACCACAUAUCACGGCAGCCUGAGGAAACAAAGACACAGUACACGUAUCCAGGUGAACGUAUAAGCUCGCUCCUAGGGGUACAGAAUAGCGAGUCUGUUUUCCGUGGGGACCCCAUGGUUCCUCAUCCCCAGAAUUAUACUACCACCAGAGUCCGGGUGCCCGGUAAUGGGUCACGGAGUGCCGAGGAAGGUGUUCCGGAUGAUACGAUCACACAUCUCUAUGAUGCCCUGCCAUGGUCAAGUUCCCCAGACCUCAAUGUAGCACCAGUAUCCAUAUUUACAUACGGAUGGGCACCCGGGAAAAAGAAAAUCAGAGGAAGGGAAAAAGAUCGUCGGCCAUCUGCCGUGCAUAUGCCGAUAAGGCAUCCAAGUUGGAGGUCUACGGAAAGCAAGGAACCAACAACUGUGAUUGGAAGUAACAAGAGCUCGAAAUCCUGGGGCACUCGAAAGAUCAGGCCAGAAGCUGGUCAGGGCGCAUGCUUCAACAUUCCACAUCCCGCGGGGUUCGCCUUGCGACAACUUCAAGGCAUUUCACCGAUAGUCCUCAAUUGGAUGAGCAAAUUGGCUGAGGGGGCACCUAACUCCGUCAAUCCACUGGGCUUUGAAACCCUCAACAAGCGACGAAGACAUGCCUGA